UGGCUUUUGCCUGGGGUUCUCAGGAGGGGAGAGUUGGGAGAGGCUUUGCUGCUGAGGAAAUUUAUUUGGUAGAUUGAAGGUUUGAACGAGCGCUACAGAAACAAAAGAAAAAGUCUGUAUAAGCCAAUGGUGUUCGGGAAGAAAAUAACCCCAUUGCCUUGAGUUUGUAGGUGCCACUACUACUCUGGAAAAAUGGCAGAUGACGAAGAAUAUGAGGAGGUGGUGGAGUACUACACAGAAGAAGUGGUUUAUGAAGAGGUGCCAGGAGAGACAAUAACAGAAAUUUAUGAGACUACGACCACAAGGACGUCUGACUAUGAGCAAUCCGAAACUUCCAAACCAGCUCUGGCACAGCCAGAACCAGCGAAGCCGGCAGAGGGAAGGAAGGUCAUCCGGAAGAAAGUGGAUUCUUCAAAGUUCAUGACCCCCUACAUUGCACACAGUCAGAAAAUGCAGGAUCUUUUUAGCCCAAAUAAAUACAAGAAGAAGUUUGAGAAAACAAAAGGACAGCCAUACGCCAGCACAACAGAUACCCCAGAACUUCGCAGAAUCAAAAAAGUACAAGAUCAACUCAGUGAGGUUAAGUAUCGAAUGGAUGGUGAUGUUGCUAAGACUAUCUGUCACGUAGAUGAAAAAGCAAAGGAUAUUGAACAUGCAAAGAAAGUGUCGCAGCAAGUCAGUAAGGUUUUAUACAAGCAGAACUGGGAAGACACCAAGGAUAAGUACCUGCUUCCUCCUGAUGCCCCUGAACUUGUCCAGGCUAUUAAGAACACAGCCAUGUUCAGCAAGAAACUGUACACUGAAGACUGGGAAGCAGACAAAAGUUUGUUUUAUCCCUACAAUGAUAGCCCGGAACUGAGGAGAGUUGCCCAGGCCCAGAAAGCUCUCAGUGAUGUUGCCUACAAAAAAGGUCUCACUGAACAGCAAGCUCAAUUCACGCCUCUGGCCGAUCCUCCAGAUAUAGAAUUUGCCAAGAAAGUAACCAAUCAAGUGAGCAAGCAAAAAUACAAACAAGACUAUGAAAAUAAAAUCAAAGGCAAAUGGAGUGAGACACCUUGCUUUGAAGUUGCAAACGCCAGAAUGAAUGCUGAAAACAUCAGCACAAGGAAAUACCAGGAAGAUUUUGAAAACAUGAAAGACCAGAUCUACUUCAUGCAGACUGAAACACCGGAGUAUAAAGUGAAUAAACAAGCUGGUGUGGCAGCUAGCAAGGUAAAAUACAAAGAAGACUAUGAAAAGAAUAAAGGAAAAGCAGACUAUAAUGUGCUUCCUGCUUCAGAGAACCCGCUGCUUAAGCAGCUGAAGGCAGCAGGAAAUGCCCUAAGUGAUAAACUAUACAAGGAAAACUAUGAAAAGACAAAGGCAAAGAGCAUAAAUUACUGUGAGACUCCCAAAUUUAAGCUCGAUACCGUUCUGCAGAACUUCAGUAGUGAUAACAAAUACAAAGAUUCCUACUUAAAAAAUAUUUUGGGACAUUAUGUAGGCAGCUUCGAGGAUCCAUACCAUUCACACUGCAUGAAAGUCACAGCUCAAAACAGUGAUAAAAACUACAAAGCAGAAUAUGAAGAAGACAGAGGCAAAGGCUUCUUCCCCCAGACCAUAACUCAAGAAUAUGAAGCAAUUAAGAAACUAGAUCAGUGUAAAGACCACACCUACAAAGUCCAUCCAGAUAAGACAAAAUUCACCCAAGUUACCGACUCUCCUGUUCUGCUGCAAGCCCAAGUCAAUUCCAAACAGCUGAGUGACUUAAAUUACAAAGCAAAACAUGAAAGUGAAAAGUUCAAGUGCCAUAUCCCCCCUGAUACUCCUGCUCUUAUCCAGCACAAAGUCAAUGCCUAUAACCUGAGUGAUAAUCUUUAUAAGCAAGACUGGGAGAAGAGCAAAGCCAAGAAAUUUGACAUUAAAGUGGAUGCCAUUCCCCUGCUGGCAGCCAAAGCCAACACCAAGAACACCAGUGAUGUGAUGUACAAGAAAGACUAUGAAAAAAGCAAAGGAAAAAUGAUUGGAGCCCUCAGCAUUAAUGAUGAUCCCAAGAUACUGCACUCCUUGAAGGUGGCCAAAAACCAGAGUGAUAGAUUAUACAAGGAAAACUAUGAGAAGACAAAGGCGAAGAGUAUGAAUUACUGCGAGACCCCGAAAUAUCAACUUGAUACUCAGCUGAAGAACUUCAGUGAGGCUAAAUAUAAAGACUUAUAUGUGAAGAAUAUUUUGGGACAUUAUGUAGGCAGCUUUGAGGACCCGUAUCACACACACUGCAUGAAAGUUGCAGCUCAAAACAGUGACAAAAGUUACAAAGCAGAGUAUGAAGAAGAUAAAGGAAAAUGCUAUUUCCCUCAGACAAUAACACAAGAAUAUGAAGCAAUCAAGAAGCUGGAUCAGUGUAAAGAUCAUACCUACAAAGUUCAUCCAGAUAAGACCAAAUUCACGGCAGUCACUGAUACUCCUGUACUGUUGCAAGCCCAGCUCAACACGAAACAGCUUAGCGAUCUGAAUUACAAAGCAAAACAUGAAGGUGAGAAGUUCAAGUGCCACGUACCAGCAGAUGCACCACAGUUUAUUCAACACAGAGUUAAUGCCUACAACCUGAGUGAUAAUCUUUAUAAGCAAGACUGGGAGAAGAGCAAAGCCAAGAAGUUUGAAAUUAAAGUGGAUGCCAUUCCCCUGCUGGCAGCCAAAGCCAACACCAAGAACACCAGUGAUGUGAUGUACAAGAAAGACUAUGAAAAAAGCAAAGGGAAAAUGAUUGGGGCCCUCAGCAUUAAUGAUGAUCCCAAGAUGCUGCACUCCUUGAAGACGGCCAAAAACCAGAGUGAUCGUGAAUAUCGAAAAGAUUAUGAAAAGUCAAAAACUGUCUACACGGCACCUCUUGAUAUGCUCCAAGUCACUCAAGCUAAGAAAUCUCAGGAAAUUGCCAGCGACGUUGAUUAUAAGCACAUCUUACACAGUUACAGCUACCCGCCCGAUAGCAUCAACGUGGACCUCGCCAAGAAGGCGUACGCACUACAGAGCGAUGUUGAAUACAAAGCUGACUACAACAGCUGGAUGAAAGGUUGUGGCUGGGUGCCUUUUGGGUCCUUAGAAAUGGAAAAGGCAAAGCGAGCUUCAGACAUCCUUAAUGAGAAAAAAUAUCGCCAACAUCCAGACACACUCAAGUUUACCUCGAUUGAAGAUGCUCCAAUUACAGUACAGGCUAAAAUUAACCAGGCCCAGAGGAGUGAUAUCGCUUACAAAGCCAAAGGAGAGGAAAUUCUUCACAAAUACAACCUGCCAGCAGAUCUGCCCCAGUUCAUCCAAGCUAAAGUUAAUGCCUACAAUAUCAGUGAGAAUAUGUACAAAGCAGACUUGAAAGACUUGAGCAAGAAGGGAUAUGACCUGAGAACUGAUGCGAUUCCCAUCAGAGCUGCCAAAGCUGCCAGGCAGGCGGCGAGUGAUGUUCAGUACAAAAAAGACUAUGAAAAAGCUAAAGGGAAAAUGGUUGGCUUCCAAAGUCUUCAAGAUGACCCUAAACUUGUUCAUUAUAUGAAUGUGGCCAAGACACAAUCAGAUCGGGAGUAUAAAAAAGACUAUGAGAAGACAAAGACCAAAUACAGCACACCCCACGAUAUGUUCAACGUCGUGGCAGCUAAGAAAGCUCAGGAUGUGGUCAGCAAUGUCAACUAUAAGCAUUCUCUCCAUCAUUACACCUACUUGCCUGACGCCAUGGACCUGGAGCUGUCUAAGAACAUGAUGCAUAUACAGAGUGAUAACGUCUACAAGGAAGACUACAACAACUGGAUGAAAGGCAUUGGCUGGAUUCCUAUCGGCAGUCUUGACGUCGAAAAGGUUAAAAAGGCCGGUGAUGCUCUGAAUGAAAAGAAGUACAGGCAACAUCCAGACACCCUCAAAUUUACCAGCAUUGUGGACUCCCCAGUUAUGGUCCAGGCAAAACAGAACACGAAGCAAGUCAGUGAUAUCUUAUACAAAGCUAAAGGAGAAGAUGUGAAACAUAAAUACACUAUGAGUCCUGAUCUUCCUCAGUUUCUCCAGGCCAAGUGCAAUGCUUACAAUAUAAGUGACGUCUGUUAUAAACGGGAUUGGCAUGACUUAAUAGCCAAGGGCAACAAUGUGCUGGGUGACGCUAUUCCCAUCACUGCAGCCAAGGCAUCGAGAAACAUUGCCAGUGAUUAUAAAUACAAGGAAGCUUAUGAGAAGGCAAAGGGAAAGCAUGUAGGUUUCAGAAGCCUCCAGGAUGAUCCCAAGCUGGUCCACUAUAUGAAUGUAGCAAAGUUGCAGUCCGAUCGUGAAUACAAGAAGAACUAUGAGAACACCAAAACCAGCUACCAUACCCCUGGGGACAUGGUUAGCAUCACAGCUGCAAAGAUGGCCCAGGAUGUCGCUACCAAUGUCAACUACAAACAGCCAUUACAUCAUUACACAUACCUACCAGACGCCAUGAGUCUUGAGCAUACGAGGAAUGUCAAUCAAAUUCAGAGUGAUAACGUGUAUAAAGACGAGUAUAACAGCUUCUUUAAGGGCAUCGGAUGGAUCCCUAUUGGUUCCCUGGAGGUUGAGAAGGCCAAGAAAGCAGGUGAUGCAUUAAAUGAGAGGAAGUAUCGGCAGCACCCAGAUACCAUCAAGUUCACAAGUGUGCCGGAUUCCAUGGGCAUGGUGUUGGCUCAGCAGAACACAAAGCAGCUAAGUGAUUUGAACUACAAGGUGGAGGGAGAGAAACUGAAGCACAAGUACACUAUUGACCCUGAAUUGCCUCAGUUUAUUCAAGCCAAGGUCAACGCCCUCAACAUGAGUGAUGCUUAUUAUAAAGCAGAUUGGAAGAAAACUCUUGCCAAGGGCUAUGAUUUGAGACCAGAUGCCAUCCCAAUUGUUGCUGCAAAAAGUUCAAGGAAUAUUGCUAGUGAUUGCAAAUAUAAGGAGGCCUACGAGAAAGCCAAAGGUAAGCAAAUUGGAUUUCUCAGCCUUCAGGAUGAUCCUAAACUGGUUCACUACAUGAAUGUGGCCAAAAUGCAGUCUGAUCGUGAGUACAAAAAGGGCUAUGAAGCCAGCAAGACCAAGUACCACACACCUCUGGAUAUGGUCAGUGUGACAGCCGCAAAGAAAUCUCAGGAGGUUGCCACUAAUGCCAACUACAGACAGUCAUACCACAACUACACUCUGCUGCCCGACGCCUUGAAUGUGGAGCACUCCAGGAACGCCAUGCAGAUUCAGAGUGAUAAUCUGUACAAAUCUGACUUCACCAAUUGGAUGAAAGGGAUCGGCUGGGUCCCCAUAGAGUCCCUGGAGGUGGAGAAGGCAAAGAAAGCAGGAGAGAUUCUUAGUGAGAAGAAGUAUCGCCAGCACCCCGAGAAACUAAAGUUCACAUAUGCCAUGGACACAAUGGAACAGGCACUUAACAAGAGUAACAAACUGAACAUGGACAAGAGGCUCUACACUGAAAAAUGGAACAAGGACAAGACCACCAUUCACGUCAUGCCUGACACACCGGAUAUUUUACUCUCCAGAAUAAACCAAAUCACCAUGAGUGAUAAACUGUACAAAGCUGGCUGGGAAGAAGAAAAGAAGAAAGGAUAUGAUCUAAGGCCUGAUGCCAUUGCAAUUAAGGCUGCAAGAGCCUCUAGAGACAUUGCCAGUGAUUACAAAUACAAACAAGCCUAUGAACAAGCCAAAGGGAAACACAUUGGCUUCCGGAGCCUGGAAGAUGACCCCAAGCUGGUGCACUUCAUGCAAGUGGCCAAGAUGCAGUCAGACCGGGAAUACAAGAAGGCAUACGAGAAAUCCAAGACCUCCUUCCACACCCCGGUGGACAUGCUCAGUGUGGUGGCAGCCAAGAAGUCUCAGGAAGUAGCCACCAACGCCAACUACAGGAACGUGAUCCAUACCUACAACAUGCUUCCUGAUGCCAUGAACUUUGAAUUGGCCAAAAACAUGAUGCAGAUUCAAAGUGAUAAUCAGUACAAGGCUGACUAUGCUGACUUCAUGAAGGGCAUUGGAUGGCUCCCUCUGGGCUCCCUGGAAGCCGAGAAAAACAAGAAAGCCAUGGAGAUUAUUAGUGAAAAGAAGUACCGCCAGCACCCAGACACUUUGAAGUAUUCCACACUGAUGGACUCAAUGAACAUGGUUUUGGCCCAGAAUAAUGCAAAAAUUAUGAACGAACAUCUCUACAAACAAGCAUGGGAGGCUGAUAAAACCAAAGUCCACAUCAUGCCUGAUAUCCCCCAGAUUAUUCUGGCAAAGGCAAAUGCAAUUAAUAUGAGUGAUAAACUCUACAAACUUUCCUUGGAAGAGUCUAAAAAGAAAGGCUACGAUCUCAGGCCUGAUGCAAUUCCUAUCAAAGCUGCCAAGGCGUCAAGAGAUAUCGCAAGUGAUUAUAAAUACAAGUACAAUUAUGAAAAAGGGAAGGGGAAAAUGGUUGGUUUCCGCAGUCUUGAGGAUGAUCCCAAAUUAGUCCAUUCCAUGCAAGUGGCUAAGAUGCAAUCUGAUCGGGAGUACAAGAAAAACUAUGAGAACACAAAGACCAGCUACCACACGCCUGCCGACAUGCUCAGUGUCACGGCUGCCAAGGAUGCCCAAGCAAACAUCACCAACACUAACUACAAGCACCUGAUUCACAAGUACAUCCUCCUUCCAGAUGCAAUGAACAUUGAGCUGACGAGGAAUAUGAAUCGCAUACAGAGUGAUAAUGAAUAUAAGCAAGACUACAAUGAAUGGUACAAAGGGCUUGGCUGGAGUCCAGCAGGUUCCCUGGAAGUGGAGAAGGCCAAGAAAGCAACUGAAUAUGCCAGUGAUCAGAAAUACCGCCAGCACCCGAGCAACUUCCAGUUUAAGAAACUGACUGAUUCCAUGGACAUGGUGCUCGCCAAACAGAAUGCACAUACCAUGAACAAGCAUUUAUACACCGUUGAUUGGAAUAAAGAUAAGACCAAGAUUCAUGUGAUGCCUGAUACACCAGAUAUUUUACAAGCCAAGCAGAAUCAAACAAUGUAUAGUCAGAAACUCUAUAAACUUGGAUGGGAAGAAGCUUUGAAGAAAGGCUAUGAUCUCCCAGUUGAUGCGAUUUCUGUACAGCUAGCUAAAGCUUCAAGAGACAUUGCUAGUGAUUUUAAAUACAAACAAGGCUACCGAAAGCAACUUGGCCACCAUAUUGGAUUCCGGAAUCUGCAAGAUGAUCCAAAACUUGUAUUGUCCAUGAAUGUAGCCAAAAUGCAGAGUGAAAGAGAAUACAAGAAGGACUUUGAGAAGUGGAAAACUAAGUUCUCUAGCCCAGUGGACAUGUUGGGAGUGGUACUGGCCAAGAAGUGUCAGGCCUUGGUUAGUGACGUGGACUACAGGAAUUACUUACAUCAGUGGACAUGCCUGCCUGAUCAGAAUGACGUUACUCAAGCUAAGAAAGUUUAUGAACUUCAAAGUGAGAAUCUGUAUAAGUCUGACCUUGAGUGGCUGAGAGGCAUAGGAUGGAGUCCCUUGGGUUCUUUAGAGGCAGAAAAGAACAAGCGGGCUUCAGAAAUCAUCAGUGAGAAGAAAUAUCGUCAGCCUCCAGACAAAAACAAGUUCACCAGCAUUCCUGAUGCCAUGGACAUAGUUCUGGCAAAGACAAAUGCCAAAAAUAGGAGUGAUAGACUUUACAGAGAAGCUUGGGACAAGGACAAGACUCAGAUCCACAUCAUGCCUGAUACACCUGACAUUGUUCUGGCUAAAGCAAACUUAAUCAACACCAGUGACAAACUCUACCGAAUGGGUUAUGAGGAGCUGAAGAGAAAAGGUUACGAUCUUCCUGUUGAUGCCAUACCAAUCAAAGCAGCAAAAGCCUCCCGGGAGAUUGCCAGCGAAUACAAGUACAAAGAAGGCUUUCGAAAGCAGCUCGGCCACCACAUCGGAGCCCGGAACAUUAAAGAUGAUCCCAAGAUGAUGUGGUCCAUGCACGUGGCCAAGAUCCAGAGUGACAGGGAGUACAAGAAGGACUUUGAGAAGUGGAAGACCAAGUUCAGCAGCCCAGUGGACAUGCUGGGGGUGGUGCUGGCCAAGAAGUGCCAGACCUUAGUCAGCGACGUGGACUACAAGAACUACCUGCACCAGUGGACAUGCCUGCCCGACCAGAGCGAUGUCAUCCACGCCCGGCAGGCCUACGACCUACAGAGUGAUAAUUUGUACAAGUCAGACCUUCAGUGGCUAAAGGGCAUCGGCUGGAUGCCUGCUGGUUCUCUCGAGGAUGAGAAAAACAAGCGAGCCACCCAGAUUUUGAGUGAUCAUGUUUACCGUCAGCACCCAGAUAAAUUCAAGUUUUCCAGCCUUAUGGAUUCCAUACCAAUGGUUUUGGCAAAAAACAAUGCUAUUACCAUGAAUCAUCGCCUCUAUACAGAAGCUUGGGAUAAAGAUAAAACCACUGUCCACAUUAUGCCAGAUACCCCUGAAGUUUUAUUAGCUAAACAAAACAAAGUAAAUUACAGUGAGAAAUUAUAUAAGCUUGGUCUAGAAGAAGCCAAGAGGAAAGGUUAUGAUAUGCGAGUAGAUGCCAUUCCUAUCAAGGCAGCCAAGGCCUCCAGAGACAUUGCAAGCGAAUUCAAGUACAAAGAAGGCUAUCGUAAGCAGCUCGGCCACCACAUUGGUGCCCGAGCUAUACAUGAUGACCCCAAGAUGAUGUGGUCCAUGCACGUGGCCAAGAUCCAGAGUGACAGGGAGUACAAGAAGGACUUUGAGAAGUGGAAGACCAAGUUCAGCAGCCCAGUGGACAUGCUGGGGGUGGUGCUGGCCAAGAAGUGCCAGACCUUAGUCAGCGACGUGGACUACAAGAACUACCUGCACCAGUGGACCUGCCUGCCCGACCAGAGCGACGUCAUCCACGCUCGGCAGGCCUAUGACCUCCAGAGCGACAAUAUGUACAAGUCUGAUCUUCAGUGGUUGCGAGGCAUCGGCUGGGUGCCCAUUGGCUCUUUGGAUGUGGAAAAAUGCAAAAGGGCCACAGAAAUUUUGAGUGAUAAAAUCUAUCGCCAGCCUCCAGACAGAUUCAAAUUUACCAGUGUGACUGAUUCUCUGGAACAAGUGCUGGCCAAGAACAAUGCCCUCAACAUGAACAAGCGUUUAUAUACAGAGGCCUGGGACAAAGACAAGACUCAAAUUCACAUAAUGCCAGAUACACCAGAGAUUAUGUUGGCAAGGCAGAACAAAAUCAACUACAGUGAGAGUCUAUACAAACUUGCCAAUGAAGAAGCGAAAAAGAAAGGCUACGACUUGCGAAGUGACGCCAUCCCCAUCGUGGCUGCCAAGGCCUCCAGGGACAUCAUCAGUGACUACAAAUAUAAAGAUGGUUACCGCAAGCAACUUGGCCACCACAUCGGAGCCCGGAACAUUAAAGAUGACCCCAAGAUGAUGUGGUCCAUGCACGUGGCCAAGAUCCAGAGUGACAGAGAGUACAAGAAGGACUUUGAGAAGUGGAAGACCAAGUUCAGCAGCCCAGUGGACAUGCUGGGAGUGGUGCUGGCCAAGAAGUGCCAGACCUUAGUCAGCGACGUGGACUACAAGAACUACCUGCACCAGUGGACCUGCCUGCCCGACCAGAAUGAUGUCAUCCAUGCCCGGCAGGCCUAUGACCUCCAGAGUGACAACAUUUACAAAUCUGAUCUCCAGUGGCUGAAAGGCAUUGGCUGGGUCCCCAUUGGGUCUGUGGACGUAGUCAAGUGCAAGAGAGCUGCAGAAAUACUGAGUGAUCACAUCUACCGCCAGCCUCCGGACAAGCUGAAAUUUACCAGCAUCACUGAUUCUCUGGAGCAGGUGUUGGCCAAGAACAAUGCUCUCAACAUGAAUAAGCGCUUAUACACAGAAGCCUGGGACAAAGACAAGACACAAGUCCAUAUUAUGCCUGAUACACCUGAAAUCAUGUUGGCAAGACAAAAUAAAAUAAAUUAUAGUGAGAGCCUCUAUCGUCAGGCCAUGGAAGAAGCCAAGAAAGAAGGCUAUGACUUGAGAAGUGAUGCCAUUCCCAUUGUGGCUGCCAAGGCCUCUCGGGAUAUUGCCAGUGAUUACAAAUACAAAGAAGCAUAUCGUAAACAGUUGGGUCACCACAUUGGUGCCCGAGCAGUACAUGAUGACCCCAAGAUAAUGUGGUCCCUCCACAUUGCCAAAGUGCAGAGUGACCGUGAGUACAAGAAAGAAUUUGAGAAAUACAAGACAAGGUACAGCAGCCCAGUGGACAUGCUUGGUAUCGUUUUGGCCAAGAAGUGUCAGACCUUGGUCAGCGACGUGGACUAUAAACAUCCUCUUCAUGAAUGGAUCUGCCUGCCUGACCAGAAUGACAUCAUUCAUGCACGGAAAGCCUAUGACCUACAGAGUGACAAUUUGUAUAAGUCAGACCUUGAAUGGAUGAAAGGCAUUGGCUGGGUUCCGAUUGGUUCCUUGGAAGUUGUUAGGGCCAAGAGAGCUGCAGAAAUACUUAGUGAUAAUAUCUAUCGUCAGCAUCCAGACACACUGAAAUUUACCAGUAUAACGGACACUCCAGAGCAGGUGCUGGCAAAAAGCAAUGCUAUAAACAUGAAUAAGCGCUUAUAUACUGAAGCCUGGGACAAUGACAAGAAAACUAUUCAUGUCAUGCCUGAUACACCAGAAAUUAUGUUAGCCAAACUCAACCGAAUAAACUACAGUGACAAACUCUAUAAACUUGCUUUGGAGGAGUCCAGAAAGGAAGGCUAUGACUUGCGUCUGGAUGCCAUUCCAAUCCAAGCAGCCAAGGCUUCAAGAGAUAUUGCUAGUGAUUACAAGUACAAGGAAGGCUACCGCAAACAGCUCGGCCACCACAUUGGGGCCCGGAACAUUAAGGAUGAUCCCAAGAUGAUGUGGUCCAUCCAUGCAGCCAAGAUCCAGAGUGACAGGGAGUACAAGAAGGACUUUGAGAAGUGGAAGACCAAGUUCAGCAGCCCAGUGGAUAUGCUGGGGGUGGUGCUGGCCAAGAAGUGCCAGAUCCUCGUAAGCGACAUAGACUACAAGCACCCCCUGCAUGAAUGGACCUGCCUGCCUGAUCAGAACGACGUCAUUCAAGCUCGGAAGGCCUAUGACCUGCAGAGUGAUGCUAUUUACAAAUCUGAUCUUGAGUGGCUGAGAGGCAUUGGAUGGGUUCCCAUUGGCUCUGUAGAAGUCGAGAAGGUGAAGAGGGCUGGAGAAAUUCUGAGUGAAAGGAAGUACCGCCAGCCUGCAGACCAGCUCAAAUUCACAUGCAUUACAGACACUCCAGAAAUUGUCCUCGCAAAGAAUAAUGCCCUGACCAUGAGCAAGCAUUUAUACACAGAAGCUUGGGAUGCUGACAAAGCCUCCAUCCACGUGAUGCCAGACACCCCAGAAAUCCUGCUGGCCAAGAGCAAUUCUGCCAAUAUCAGCCAAAAACUUUACACCAAGGGAUGGGAUGAAUCAAAGAUGAAGGACUAUGAUCUGAGAGCGGAUGCUAUUUCCAUCAAAAGUGCCAAGGCCUCCAGGGACAUUGCCAGUGACUACAAAUACAAGGAAGCGUAUGAGAAACAGAAAGGCCACCACAUUGGAGCCCAGAGCAUUGAAGAUGAUCCCAAGAUUAUGUGUGCCAUACAUGCAGGAAAAAUUCAAAGUGAAAGGGAGUACAAGAAGGAAUUCCAGAAGUGGAAGACCAAGUUCUCUAGCCCCGUGGACAUGCUGGGCAUCUUGCUGGCCAAGAAAUGUCAGACGCUGGUCAGUGACAUUGAUUAUCGCAAUUACCUGCAUUACUGGACAUGCAUGCCUGAUCAAAACGACAUUAUCCAAGCAAAGAAGGCCUAUGACCUGCAGAGUGAUGCCCUCUACAAGGCUGACUUGGAGUGGCUGCGUGGCAUUGGCUGGAUGCCUCAAGGUUCUCCUGAAGUGCUGAGAGUCAAAAAUGCCCAGGAGAUCCUUUGCGACAGUGUCUAUCGGACGCCUGUGGUGAACCUUAAGUACACAAGCAUUGUUGACACUCCUGAAGUGGUCCUCGCUAAAGCUAAUGCUGAAAAUAUUAGUAUACCAAAGUACAGAGAGCUUUGGGACAAGGAUAAAACUUCAAUCCACAUAAUGCCAGACACUCCUGAAAUUAAUCUCGCUAGAGCAAAUGCUCUUAAUGUGAGCAGUAAACUUUACCGUGAGGGCUGGGAUGAAAUGAAGGCAGGCUGUGAUGUCCGGCUGGAUGCCAUCCCCAUCCAGGCUGCCAAGGCCUCCAGGGAGAUUGCCAGUGACUAUAAAUAUAAGCUUGACCAUGAGAAGCAGAAGGGACACUACGUGGGCACCCUCACAGCCAGGGAUGACAACAAGAUCCGCUGGGCCCUCAUAGCUGACAAGCUCCAGAAUGAACGAGAGUACCGGCUGGAUUGGGCCAAAUGGAAGGCGAAGAUCCAAAGCCCCGCGGACAUGCUUUCCAUCCUGCACUCGAAAAAUUCCCAGGCUCUGGUCAGUGACGUGGAUUACCGCAAUUACCUGCACCAGUGGACCUGCAUGCCCGACCAGAAUGAUGUGAUUCAGGCCAAGAAGGCCUACGAACUGCAGAGUGACAAUGUUUACAAGGCUGACUUGGAGUGGUUGCGUGGAAUUGGGUGGAUGCCAAAUGACUCUGUGUCCGUCAAUCACGCCAAACAUGCUGCAGACAUCUUCAGUGAGAAAAAAUAUCGUACCAAAAUAGAAACUCUCAACUUCACUCCUGUGGAUGACAGAGUUGAUUAUGUGACAGCAAAACAAAGUGGCGAGAUCCUCGAUGAUAUUAAAUACCGAAAAGACUGGAACGCCACCAAAUCAAAGUACACUCUCACAGAAACCCCCCUGCUGCAUACGGCCCAGGAGGCUGCUAGGAUACUGGAUCAGCAUCUCUACAAGGAAGGCUGGGAGAGACAAAAAGCCACAGGUUACAUUUUGCCUCCAGAUGCUGUGCCGUUCGUUCAUGCCCAUCACUCUGGUGACGUUCAGAGUGAGCUGAAAUACAAAGCUGAGCAUGUGAAGCAAAAAGGUCAUUAUGUUGGCGUCCCAACAAUGAGAGAUGAUCCUAAGCUGGUUUGGUUUGAGCAUGCAGGCCAGAUUCAGAAUGAGAGACUAUACAAAGAGGACUAUCACAAAACAAAGGCCAAAAUCAAUAUACCCGCUGACAUGGUGUCAGUCUUGGCUGCCAAGGAGGGGCAGAACCUUGUCAGUGAUAUUGAUUACCGUAAUUACUUGCACCAAUGGACGUGUCAUCCUGACCAGAAUGAUGUUAUUCAGGCAAGAAAGGCCUAUGACCUACAGAGCGAUAAUGUCUACAAAGCUGACCUGGAGUGGCUCCGAGGCAUUGGCUGGAUUCCCCUGGAUUCUGUGGACCAUGUGAGGGUUACUAAGAACCAGGAAAUGGUCAAUCAGAUAAAAUAUAAGAAAAAUGCCCUUGACAACUAUCCUAACUUUACAAGUGUGGUGGAUCCUCCAGAGAUUGUUUUAGCCAAGAUUAAUUCUGUCAAUCAAAGUGAUGUGAAAUACAAAGAAACAUUUAAUAAAGCGAAGGGCAAGUAUACGUUUUCACCAGACACACCACACAUCUCCCACUCCAAAGACAUGGGAAAACUCUACAGUACUAUCCUGUAUAAAGGGGCGUGGGAGGGCACCAAGGCCUAUGGCUACACCCUGGAUGAGCGCUACAUUCCCAUCGUUGGAGCCAAGCAUGCUGAUCUGGUGAACAGUGAGCUUAAAUACAAAGAGAUAUAUGAGAAGCAGAAAGGUCACUACCUGGCUGGAAAAGUGAUCGGUGAAUUCCCUGGUGUGGUUCACUGUCUGGAUUUCCAAAAGAUGAGGAGUGUGUUGAACUACAGAAAACAUUAUGAGGAUACCAAAGCAAAUGUUCAUAUCCCCAACGAUAUGAUGAAUCAUGUGCUGGCUAAAAAGUGCCAGUACAUCCUCAGUGACCUGGAGUAUCGACACUAUUUCCACCAGUGGACAUCUCUUCCAGAAGAACCUAAUGUUAUACGCGUCCGAAAUGCCCAGGAGAUCUUGAGUGAUAAUGUAUAUAAAGAUGACCUGAAUUGGCUGAAAGGCAUUGGUUGCUACGUUUGGGAUACACCCCAAAUCCUCCAUGCCAAGAAAUCAUAUGACCUUCAGAGUCAGCUACAAUAUACAGCAGCAGGUAAAGAAAAUCUACAAAACUAUAAUCUGGUCACAGACACGCCCCUCUAUGUGACUGCUGUUCAGAGUGGCAUUAAUGCCAGUGAGGUGAAAUAUAAAGAAAAUUAUCAUCAGAUUAAGGACAAAUACACAACAGUUCUGGAGACAGUGGAUUAUGACAGAACCAGAAACCUGAAGAAUCUGUACAGCAGUAACCUGUACAAGGAGGCCUGGGAUAGAGUGAAAGCCACCAGCUACAUCCUGCCCACCAGCACCUUGUCCCUGACACACGCCAAGAACCAGAAGCAUCUGGCCAGCCGUAUCAAAUAUCGGGAAGAAUAUGAAAAGUUCAAAGCUCUUUAUACGUUACCAAGAAGCGUUGAAGAUGAUCCGAACACAGCACGGUGCCUCCGAGUUGGCAAGCUUAACAUCGACCGCCUGUACAGAUCAGUUUAUGAAAAGAACAAGAUGAAAAUCCACAUCGUCCCCGACAUGGUAGAGAUGGUUACCGCCAAGGAUUCUCAGAAGAAAGUCAGUGAGAUUGAUUACCGCCUGCAUCUCCACGAAUGGAUCUGCCACCCCGACUUGCAAGUCAAUGAUCACGUCAGGAAAGUCACAGAUCAGAUCAGCGAUAUUGUGUACAAGGAUGACCUCAACUGGCUGAAAGGCAUUGGUUGCUAUGUCUGGGACACUCCUGAAAUCCUCCAUGCCAAGCAUGCUUAUGAUCUACGUGAUGAUAUCAAGUAUAAAGCUCACAUGUUGAAAACAAGGAAUGACUACAAGCUUGUCACAGAUACCCCAGUCUACGUGCAGGCUGUCAAAAGUGGGAAACAGCUGAGUGACGCUGUCUACCACUAUGACUAUGUGCACAGUGUCAGAGGCAAAGUGGCUCCAACUACCAAAACCGUGGAUCUGGACCGGGCCCUUCACGCGUACAAGCUCCAGAGUGCGAAUCUAUACAAAACCAGCCUGCGCACCCUGCCCACUGGAUAUAGACUUCCAGGUGAUACUCCUCACUUCAAACACAUCAAGGAUACCCGUUACAUGAGCAGUUAUUUCAAGUACAAAGAAGCCUAUGAACACACCAAGGCAUAUGGGUAUACACUCGGUCCCAAAGAUGUUCCAUUUGUCCACGUCCGGAGAGUCAACAAUGUUACCAGCGAGAGACUGUAUCGGGAAUUGUACCACAAACUGAAAGACAAGAUCCAUACAACUCCCGAUACCCCUGAGAUCCGCCAAGUCAAGAAGACACAAGAGGCUGUCAGUGAGUUGAUCUACAAAUCAGACUUCUUCAAGAUGCAGGGCCACAUGAUCUCUCUGCCAUACACACCCCAAGUGAUCCACUGCCGCUAUGUGGGAGACAUCACCAGUGAUAUUAAAUACAAAGAGGACUUGCAGGUCCUGAAGGGACUUGGUUGCUUCCUGUAUGACACUCCUGACAUGGUCCGCUCCCGGCACCUGCGGAAGCUCUGGUCUAAUUACCUGUACACUGAUAAGGCAAGGAAGAUGCGAGACAAAUACAAAGUGGUACUUGACACUCCAGAAUACAGAAAAGUGCAAGAACUGAAGACACAUCUGAGUGAGCUGGUCUACAGAGCUGCAGGCAAGAAGCAGAAGUCAAUCUUUACUUCAGUUCCUGAUACUCCUGAUCUUUUAAGAGCCAAGCGAGGACAGAAGCUUCAGAGUCAGUAUCUGUAUGUUGAACUUGCCACCAAAGAGAGACCCCACCAUCACGCUGGAAACCAGACCACAGCCUUGAAGCACGCUAAACACGUGAAGGACAUGGUCAGCGAGAAAAAGUACAAGAUUCAAUAUGAAAAGAUGAAGGACAAGUACACUCCGGUUCCAGAUACGCCAAUCCUCAUCAGAGCCAAGAGGGCUUACUGGAAUGCCAGUGACCUACGCUACAAAGAAACAUUUCAAAAGACCAAAGGGAAAUACCACACAGUGAAAGAUGCCCUGGACAUUGUCUAUCAUCGCAAAGUCACUGAUGACAUCAGUAAAAUAAAAUAUAAGGAGAACUACAUGAGCCAGUUGGGUAUCUGGAGGUCCAUUCCUGAUCGUCCAGAGCAUUUCCACCACCGAGCAGUCACCGAUGCAGUCAGUGAUGUAAAAUAUAAAGAAGACUUGACUUGGCUUAAAGGCAUUGGUUGCUAUGCCUACGAUACCCCUGAUUUCACUCUGGCUGAAAAGAACAAGACUCUAUACAGCAAGUAUAAGUAUAAAGAAGUAUUUGAAAGGACAAAGUCAGAUUUCAAGUAUGUUGCGGACUGUCCGAUCAACAGGCAUUUCAAGUAUGCAACUCAACUGAUGAAUGAGAAAAAAUACAGAGCUGAUUAUGAGCAGCGGAAAGAUAAAUACCACCUGGUAGUCGAUGAGCCUAGACAUCUGCUGGCUAAGACCGCAGGCGACCAGAUCAGUCAGAUCAAAUAUAGGAAAAACUAUGAAAAAUCAAAGGACAAAUUUACUUCAGUUGUGGACACUCCAGAACACCUGCGUACUACGAAAGUCAACAAACAAAUCAGUGAUAUCCUUUAUAAAUUGGAAUACAACAAGGCCAAACCCAGAGGCUACACCACAAUCCAUGACACGCCCAUGUUGCUGCAUGUCCGCAAGGUUAAAGAUGAAGUCAGUGAUCUGAAAUACAAAGAAGUAUACCAAAGAAAUAAAUCCAACUGCACCAUUGAGCCAGAUGCUGUUCAUAUCAAAGCAGCCAAGGACGCCUACAAAGUCAACACCAACCUGGACUAUAAGAAACAGUAUGAAGCCAACAAAGCCCACUGGAAGUGGACCCCUGACCGACCGGACUUCCUCCAGGCUGCCAAGUCAUCCCUGCAGCAAAGUGAUUUUGAAUAUAAGCUGGACCGGGAGUUCCUCAAGGGUUGCAAGCUUUCUGUCACUGAUGACAAAAACACGGUGCUGGCCCUCAGGAAUACUUUAAUAGAAAGUGAUCUGAAAUACAAAGAAAAACAUGUCAAGGAAAGAGGAACCUGCCAGGCUGUACCUGACACACCUCAGAUCCUGCUGGCGAAGACUGUCAGCAACCUGGUGUCCGAGAACAAGUACAAGGACCAUGUCAAGAAGCACUUGGCCCAGGGCUCAUACACAACACUACCAGAGACCCGGGACACUGUUCACGUCAAGGAAGUGACCAAGCAUGUCAGUGAUACAAAUUACAAAAAGAAGUUUGUCAAGGAGAAAGGAAAAUCCAACUACUCCAUCAUGCUGGAGCCACCAGAGGUGAAGCAUGCUAUGGAAGUGGCCAAGAAGCAGAGUGAUGUUGCUUACAGAAAAGAUGCCAAAGAGAACCUCCAUUAUACCACAGUGGCUGAUCGACCAGACAUCAAGAAGGCCACACAGGCAGCCAAACAAGCCAGUGAGGUGGAGUACAGAGCCAAGCACCGCAAGGAAGGCAGCCAUGGCUUAAGCAUGCUCGGUCGCCCAGACAUAGAAAUGGCCAAGAAGGCAGCCAAGCUGAGUAGCCAGGUUAAAUACCGAGAAAAUUUCGACAAAGAAAAGGGCAAGACACCAAAAUACAAUCCAAAGGACAGCCAGCUCUACAAAGUCAUGAAAGAUGCUAAUAAUCUUGCAAGUGAGGUUAAAUAUAAGGCUGACCUGAAGAAACUUCACAAACCUGUGACUGACAUGAAGGAGUCUCUGAUCAUGAAUCAUGUCCUGAAUACAAGCCAACUUGCCAGUUCCUACCAGUACAAGAAGAAGUAUGAGAAGAGUAAAGGCCACUACCACACAAUACCCGAUAAUCUGGAGCAGCUUCACCUAAAAGAGGCCACAGAAUUACAGAGUAUAGUGAAAUACAAAGAAAAGUAUGAAAAAGAACGAGGAAAGCCCAUGCUGGAUUUUGAAACGCCAACGUACAUCACUGCCAAAGAGUCUCAGCAGAUGCAGAGUGGGAAAGAAUAUAGGAAAGAUUAUGAAGAGUCCAUUAAAGGCAGAAACCUGACUGGCCUGGAGGUCACGCCAGCUUUGUUACAUGUCAAAUAUGCAACUAAAAUAGCAAGCGAGAAAGAGUACAGGAAAGAUCUAGAGGAAAGCAUCCGUGGGAAGGGCCUCACUGAAAUGGAAGAUACACCUGACAUGCUAAGAGCAAAGAAUGCCACUCAGAUCCUCAAUGAGAAAGAAUAUAAGCGAGACCUGGAACUGGAAGUCAAAGGAAGAGGCCUGAAUGCCAUGGCCAAUGAAACUCCAGAUUUUAUGAGGGCCAGGAAUGCUACUGAUAUUGCCAGUCAGAUUAAGUACAAGCAAUCAGCAGAAAUGGAGAAAGCCAAUUUCACUUCUGUGGUUGAUACUCCAGAGAUCAUUCACGCCCAACAAGUCAAGAAUCUUUCAAGCCAGAAAAAGUACAAGGAAGAUGCUGAGAAGUCCAUGUCAUAUUAUGAGACCGUUUUGGAUACCCCAGAGAUGCAGAGAGUCCGGGAGAACCAAAAGAACUUCAGCCUUCUCCAAUACCAGUGUGACCUUAAAAACAGUAAAGGAAAAAUUACAGUUGUUCAAGACACGCCAGAAAUACUGCGUGUAAAAGAAAACCAAAAGAAUUUCAGCUCGGUUUUAUAUAAAGAGGAUGUCUCACCAGGAACGGCAAUUGGAAAGACACCUGAAAUGAUGAGAGUGAAACAAACACAGGACCACAUUAGCUCGGUGAAGUAUAAGGAAGCAAUAGGACAAGGAACUCCAAUCCCUGACCUGCCUGAAGUGAAACGUGUGAAGGAGACACAGAAGCACAUUAGCUCGGUUAUGUACAAAGAAAACUUGGGAACAGGCAUUCCAACCACUGUGACUCCAGAGAUUGAGAGAGUCAAACGCAAUCAAGAGAACUUUAGCUCGGUUUUGUACAAAGAAAAUUUGGGGAAAGGAAUCCCAACACCUAUCACUCCAGAGAUGGAGAGAGUCAAACGCAAUCAAGAGAACUUUAGCUCGGUGUUAUACAAAGAAAACAUGGGCAAGGGAACCCCUUUACCUGUCACUCCCGAGAUGGAGAGAGUCAAACACAAUCAAGAAAAUAUUAGCUCGGUUUUGUACAAAGAAAAUGUGGGGAAAGCCACCCCAACCCCUGUCACUCCUGAGAUGCAGAGAGUCAAACGCAAUCAAGAAAAUAUUAGCUCGGUGUUAUACAAAGAGAACCUGGGGAAAGCAACCCCCACACCCUUUACUCCUGAGAUGGAAAGAGUGAAACGCAAUCAAGAAAACUUUAGCUCGGUAUUGUACAAAGAGAACAUGAGAAAAGCAACUCCGACACCUGUUACUCCAGAGAUGGAGAGAGCUAAGCGCAACCAAGAAAACAUUAGCUCGGUUCUUUAUUCUGAUAGCUUCCGGAAACAAAUACAAGGCAAAGCUGCCUAUGUGUUGGAUACCCCCGAGAUGAGGCGGGUGAGGGAGACCCAACGGCACAUUUCAACGGUGAAAUAUCAUGAAGACUUUGAGAAACACAAGGGUUCCUUCACACCAGUGGUGACAGAUCCUAUCACUGAACGAGUAAAGAAGAACAUGCAGGACUUCAGUGACAUUAACUACCGAGGUAUUCAGAGGAAAGUGGUAGAAAUGGAACAAAAACGGAAUGACCAAGAUCAGGAGACACUUACAGGUCUACGUGUCUGGCGUACUAAUCCUGGUUCAGUUUUUGACUAUGAUCCAGCAGAAGACAACAUCCAGUCCCGAAGCUUACACAUGAUUAAUGUCCAAGCUCAGCGCCGAAGCCGGGAGCAGUCACGAUCUGCCAGUGCACUGAGCAUCAGUGGGGGUGAAGAGAAGUCUGAGCAUUCAGAAGCGCCAGACCACCACCUUUCGACUUACAGUGAUGGGGGUGUCUUCACAGCCUCAACAGCUUACAAACAUGCAAAAACCACAGUGCUCCCACAACAACGAUCAUCUUCAGUUGCUACCCAACAGACAACAGUAUCUUCCAUCCCAUCUCAUCCAUCUACUGCUGGAAAAAUCUUUCGUGCCAUGUAUGACUACAUGGCUGCGGAUGCAGAUGAAGUGUCCUUCAAAGAUGGAGAUGCUAUCAUAAAUGUUCAAGCUAUUGAUGAAGGUUGGAUGUAUGGCACUGUGCAGAGGACUGGCAGGACCGGAAUGCUCCCAGCCAACUACGUUGAAGCUAUUUAGACAUUUCAAAGCAUCACACUUGCCUGCAGGACCUAUGCAGUGAAGGUUUCAGUGUAGACUCUCCACUGUUACCUAAGUUUUCAAGCUGCCUAUGGUUUUUCUGUGUCAACGUAAUUUAUGGUAGUACCAUCCUUUUUCCUUUGGUUUUGAAAAUAAGUUGCAGAAUAGACAUUUUAAGUUUCUGCAAUAUUAUUUCUGUGCCUAGAGUCUUUCUCCAUUAUAAACAUGUUUUAACAUUAUUUCUUUUCUAAACCAGAUUUUUGAAUAUGCCAAACACAUUAAAGGAAGAAUAGCAGAGA